AUGGGGGCAUCGAGGCGACUCCUGCAUGCGGUGCUCAUGGGCGCCCCGGGCUCGGGCAAGCGCACCCUGGCGUCGCGCGUCAACAAACACUUCAAGCUGCAGAAGUUCUCCAGCGGGGACCUGCUCCGAGACAACAUGCUGCGGGACACAGAGUUCGGUGUGCUGGCCAAGGUUUUCAUGGCGGGGAAGCUCAUCCCGGACGACAUCAUGACCUGGCUGACCCUUCACGAGCUGAAAAACUUCACCCAGGAGAGCUGGCUGCUGUGCGGUUUCCCCAGGACUCUGCGGCAAGCCGAGGCCCUGCGGAGGGUUUAUCAGAUACACCUGGUUAUGAACCUAAGCGUGCCAGUGGAGGUCAUCCGGCAACGCCUCUCUGCUCGCUGGAUCCAUCCGAGCAGCGGGCGCGUCUACAACCUCGAAUUUAACCCUCCCAGGGCGGUCGGCGUGGACGAUCUGACUGACGAGCCUCUGGUUCAGCCUGAGGACGGCAGACCGGAGACACUUAACGAGAGGCUGAAGGCUUACGAAGACCAGACCAAACCCGUCCUGGAAUAUUACCGGGAGAAGGGGGUGUUGGAAACCUUCUCCGGCACAGAAACCGACAAGAUCUGGCCCUGUGUGUAUGCUCUCCUGCAAACAAAAGUUCCACAAAUAGACCAGAAAGCAUCGGUGACUCCGUGAGGGCAAAUACUUGGAAUCAGCAAGAUGAACA